AUGAACUCCACUUUGAGCGGCACCAAAGACUACGAAAUAUUUUUAGACAACCACGUAGUUAUCUAUUUGCACGAUGGUCGCUAUAUGUACGGUGUGUUGCGGUCAUUUGACCAAUUCAACAAUAUCACGCUGGAACAAACCGUUUGCAGAAUAUUUGUUGGCGAUGAGUAUGCGGAGCGGAGACUUGGCCUUUACAUUAUCAGGGGAGAAAACAUCAUUCUGAUAGGAGUGAGUCGAAUUAAACUGCGCGAUCUGGUGAAGAGAGACUAUGAAUACGUAGAAAACAAAUUGACAGAGGUAUGCCAGAACAGAAAAAUAUAAAAUAUAGAGAAACACUAAAU